CUUCCUCUCCACUUAACUUCCCAAGUUCCAAAAUCACUGAAAACUCACACGCUUCCGACCAUGAAACCACCACCAUUCUUCCUCCUCCUCCUCCACCUCGCUGUAUCCGCCGUCGCUGCCACCACCGAAACACCUUCUUCCUCCUCAUCAUCUACUCUAGACCCCAAACAAAUAGAAGCACUCGAGUCCCUCAACUUUCCCACCGCAAGAGACCCUUGCAUUCAACCUUCGCCUCACAACGCUACCGUAUGCGACAGCUCCAAGCCCUUCCGCCACCUUGUUUCCCUCCACCUCUCCAACUGCUCCGCCGAUCUUUCCCUCUCCUUCACAGCUCUCAAGUCCCUCUCUUCUCUUCAUUCGCUUUCCUUCACUAACUGUCACUCUUCCCCUAUCCGUUUCCCUUCCGAUAUCUCCCUUUCCCUCACUUCUUUCUCUUGCAUUCGCUCCCUCCGCCGCCUCACGGGCGUCUGGCUCUCGCGUUUCGUUAACCUCACCGAUCUCACAGUUUCUUUCACUCCGGUUAACACCACUGGCCUUUAUGUGAUCCUUGGGAAUAUGCACAAGUUGAAGACUUUAACCAUUUCUCAUGCUAAUCUCACCGGUUCACUUCCGAGACACCUGCGUCAGAAUCUGACCCAUGUUGAUUUAUCUGAUAACAAGCUCAAAGGGAACAUACCAACUUCCAUUACCCUUCUUGAAGAUCUUGAGUACCUGAACCUUUCUUCAAAUGGCCUAAAUGGGGUGAUUCCAACUGAGUUCGGUGACUUGAUAUCAUUAAAGAAUCUAUCUUUGGCUUCCAAUUCAUUUUCCGGGUCAAUCCCAGAUUCUGUAUCAUCUAUAACAGGCUUGGUUCAUGUUGAUCUGAGUAAUAACCAGUUCAAUGGUACUGUCCCAAGGUUUUUCUCAGAGUUGAAAGCCUUGAAAGUGUUGAAACUAGAGAACAAUGAGCUUCAUGGGGUUUUGCCUUUCAAUGCUAGUUUCAUAAAGAAACUAAAUGUUUUCAAGGUUGGUGGGAAUAGCAAUUUGUGUUACAAUCAUUCUGUUCUGUCAUCAAAAUUGAAGCUUGGGAUUGCUCCUUGUGAUAAGCAUGGAUUGCCAAUGUCACCUCCUCCGUCUAAGGAGUCUAGUGAUGGUGAUUCUUCAGAUUAUGAGGAUGAUAGUGCAGAUGACACAAGUGAAAAGAAGGAUCAACAUCAUGGGCCAAAUAAGGUUGUUCUUGGUGUUGCAAUUGGCCUUUCUUCAAUAGUUUUCCUUAUUGUUUUCUUAAUUCUUCUCUCAAAAUGGUGUGGUUGAACAAAACAGUAAUUUUGAUUCUUGGUUAGAUUUUUGGAGUC